CACACAGAACAAAAAUCCCGAGACCCUUUCACAACCCAAAUUAGCCUUUUUUUCGAGUUUCCACUUUAAUGUUUAAAGAAUGAAUGGCUGAGAUGACGAGCUAUUGGGUAUCUACUGCUCCAUAGACGAACCUCUGGCUAUGGCUGAAAAUCAAUAAAGAAAAGAAAAAGAGGAAAGCUAGCAGCUUUGAGGAAGAACUACAAUUCUUGAUUUCUGAGGGAACUUCAAACCGAAGUUGUCUUUUGCAAAAGUGAAAGACGGGGAGAGAAUGAAGAGAUUUCUGGGUAUAAUAAAUAAUCUGUAAGGCAGAGAUUUGUUGGUUUGGGACAAGAAAUUCAAGAACACAAUUCUUGUUUUCUUUCCCCCUUUCUUUCUUGGGUGAUGGAAUCUUCAUCUUCUUCGGGCGGAGCAUUGAAGAAGGUGAAGGCAAGUGGUAAUAGUUCUCAUCAGGUUGCUAAUUGCUUGGUGGAUGGGUGUGAGGAAGACCUUAGCAAGUGUCGAGACUAUCAUCGCAGACAUAAGGUUUGUGAGCUCCAUUCUAAGACUGCUAAGGUCACUGUUGCUGGUCGGGAGCUGCGGUUCUGCCAACAAUGCAGCAGGUUUCACCCGCUGUCUGAAUUUGACGAGGGAAAAAGAAGCUGUAGAAAACGCCUCGAUGGCCAUAACAAGCGCCGAAGGAAGCCUCAACCAGACUCUCUCAACAGCAACAACAACAAUAACAACAACAACAACAACAGAAGCACGACAAUGCCUUAUUCCUCUAGUCCACAAGGUUCAAAGCAGAUUCUCCAUUUCGGCGGUUCCGGCGCGCAAAUGUACGUGAAUGCUGAUGUCAGCAACACCGUGCUAUACAACACCCCGUCACACUUCACUUGCAUGGACGCUCAAAAAACUCUGCCGAUGACAUCAUCACCACACGACUACAACGAACCAAACCGGUUCCAGCUCGUGCAAGGCGGGGGGGACAGGAAUCUUCCGGAAGCUUCGGUCUCCCACGGGGUGUUUCCGGGAGGAGGAUUCGACCAAUCCGGUGGCGACUCUGGUCGUGCUCUCUCUCUUCUGUCAUCAGCGCCAGCUGUCACAAGAGAGCUCGGUUUUGCCCAACCGCUAGUCCACGGCCUGGACUACGAUGCUUAUAGUCAUCAAUACACAUUCUCUCAAGAAACCGGAGAAGCCAAACACGGCCUCCACUUCCCCGAAAUGUUUCAGAACGCAACGUCGGAUGGAUCCUCCACGAGUGGUGGCUCUCAUCAAACGGCGACAUUCAGGUGGGAGUAAUUAAUUAAUUAACACCAUAACUUACACCUAUAUAUAUGUUCUAGGAAAAUGCUACUUUGACCUCUCUGAAGUUGACACCACCAGAGACAAUCCUUGUUUGUGAUACAAUAACGGUGUCACCUUUGGUGUUAUCCGUGACGUGAUCGUAGCAUGAUCCGUAUGUUUAAGGGCAGGCCUUGUAGGACUGCCCUACACUCUCUACUUUGAUAAUGAGAAUGUGAACCUGUAAUAAGGAAAUAGGACCUAUCAAUGGUAAGACUUGGUUCUUUUG